AUGCCAUACCGCCCGGAAGCCGAAUUGAAACGUCCAGAUCUCAAAGGAGAGUUCCUUUGUGGCCAUUGCGGUAAAACGUUUUGUCAUGCCGCCUCUCUCAAUCGUCACCGUCUCAACUUCCAUGGAGAUGACCAACAUUGCCUCGUUUGUGACAAGAAGAUCCCUCACAACGACACGAUUCGUCGUCACAUGCAAUCUGAGCACGACAUUCAGAGAGUCUUCACUUGUGGAUGCUGCAAUUGGACAUUCCCAGAUAAAAAAGAACUUCAUUCACACAACAACUCAAUGAUGAAGUCAGGAACACCUGGCGAUGCAAAGGUUAUUGCGGUCAGCAGUCGUAGACCAGGAUCCCUAUCACAGCACGAGCUUCGUGGAGAGGAACGUACUCCUCGUACAAAGAAGAGAUGUUCGAAAGGCGAUUCCCAGUCGGAAUCUCUUUCUGGAAGCUCGGAUAGUGACCAAUUCUUGUCACUUAUCGCUGGCCUCUUGUCUCAACAAGCCCAGGCAACAGCUCAACAACAGGCUACAGUCGUUGAAGAACCAGCUCCAUCACUUCAACUUCCAUCAGUUCCAGCGAGUUGGGUCAAUUCAUUGUUGGCUGUCAAUCCAGCUCUCUAUCCACUUUUCCCAAUGCAGUCCUCAUCUGCAUCUUCAACUACAUCAUCUUCUUCUGAAAUGGAAAUGGCACCAACACCAGAACCAUCUUCAUUGGAAACUGUGUUGUCGUCAAUCAUGAAUAAUAAUGAGGGGGAAUCGUCUUCAUCUAGAAACGAUGGAGUUACAAGUGGAGCUGAAGAGGAGAAUAUUGAUGUUGCUGACGAUGGAAAGGAUCAACUUGUCAAGGCCGUUGGAGCUGAUUUCCUCUUGGUCAAAACUGAGACUCCAAUCAGCAACUCAUUCACGAGUGGAACUGAAUCUGGAAUCGGGUCAGGGCCGGUUAGCAACACUCCAAGCCCAGCAUCUUCUUCACCACCAGCCACAUCGGAUACUUCUCCAGAGACUGUCACCGACCUCGUUGCUGAUAUGGUUCAGAAGGCGAAACGAGCCAACAAACGUCGGUCGAUCGAUGACAUUUGCUUUAAUUUGGUCUGCAAAAAGUCACUUUUCAACUUCUAA